AUGGAAUCCGAGGAGUCCUACGAGGGCUACGAGGGCUACGAGGCCCAAUAUUCAGAUGUGUCGCGGUCGGAAACAGACCUUCACAACGACGAUGAAUCUGAUCUGAGGCAAGACGGUGCAUUUCUGGCGCAAGAGGAAAGGCCCUGCAUGGAUGGACACGCAUGGGCAGGGCAGCCAAAUGGCAGAGAGUCCUUCGAUAGGGCGAGCAGCACGUUCCCUCCUGCACUUGCCAUGGUCGACACGGAGGAAAUAGACGAGCAGCAGCAGUCAAACCGUGACUACUUCCUGUCGAAUCUGGGCGUUUUCACAAAUAACCGUCCUUUAGAGGAUCUUAACCUAACGGCCCACCAUUCGGACUACCGACAAUAUCCUGAUCCGCUACCGGGGUUGCCGCAACCUUCUGUAAACGAUGAAACCAACGCGAGACCGCCGUUGAUCGUGGCCGAGGAACACCAGCCCGGACAGCUGCAGGCGAGCUUUGGAGACAUUCCGCAGUACUCUUUGGAUAGCUACCAAGCUGUUAACGUGAAUGGAUGGGGCGGACAGGACGGACUUGGUGCUUUCUCAGCGGGAGGUGCUUCGGGGUACAAUGCUCAGCCUCAGGCUUACCAACCCCUAUUUCGUGGGCAGCAGCACUUUGGAGGGGGGCCGCAACUGGCUCCGAAUGCCAUUACGAUGUCCCAAAGGCACCGUCCGAUGUCUACGGCCGAACACAACAUGCCCGACGACCGCCCUUAUGUUCCGCAAGCGGGCCACCCACCACCGCCGGUAAGACUGCCCUUAUCGCGCGACGAUCCUUGGUCGCUCUUAAAUCCGAGGGCCGCGCCCAGUCGGAUUCGGCGAGAAGCACCGCCGGGCCCAACAGAAAGUUAUGAAAGACGGGGGCGUGCCCUUAGCCACGAUCGAUCGAGCGCCUCAUCGAACUUCAGCCUCGUAUAUUCUGGGUCUUCCGUCGGGCUGGAUACAAAUGAUCUGAGUGCGAGCACCGGAACGGUUAGGCAGGGCCCUGGUAAUGGUUAUGGUAGGCCACCACCCGCCCUUGAGCAUCGGCCUGAGAGGCAGCCGUCACAUUAUGACGCUCCCGGCAACCAGAACCCAGCAGCGGCAGGGAAUGCGCCCAUGCUGGAUAGUUACGUCCAUGGUUUUAAGCCACAGGGCCAACCUGGUCCAUCUGGACUACCUUUUCAUUCCACAACACACGAGACCGACGGUCAGCAUCUGUCUAUCCCCUCGAGUCACAUGGUAGGCUCGGGCCCUUCUUCACCCAGCCCUUCCAACACAUCAUCGUCGACUCCCCUCAUCUUGGUUUGCAGCCAUGACGGCUGUGACCAAGAGUUCACCGGAGAUUAUCGAAAAGGGAACCUGGCGAGGCAUCUUAGACUCAAGCAUGCUCCUGGAGGAAGGAUAUACCCCUGUGAAGGUGGCUGCGGCAAACAUUUCAACCGUCAAGAUGCGAGGUUGAAACACUAUCGUAAAUAUCAUCCGCGGCUUGCCUCGCCUCAUGUUCCUCGAGGGGCCCGCUCUUAA